GCGUCACCCACCCCUGGAGGAAUUGCCGACGGUUAAGUUCGACUUGGCCUGAAUGGGCAGUAGGGCCUAUCACCUGACUGACCUUGCCUCUUUUCCUUCUCAUUUUCUUAUCCUCUUAUCAAGAUCACAUUAUCUUGAGAUACUACACAGUACUAGUAGCUGCGAUUAACAAUGGCACGUACCAUGGAUCUAUCUAUCUGUAGUAAUGAGAAUGUACAUAGCAAUUCCGAUUGUACAUCACCCUUCCAUCACCCUUAGUAUCAUCAUGGUGACAUUGGUAUGGACAAAGGGUACUUCCUUUUUGAUUGAUUUGACUUUUAAUAUGUGUUACAAUUACUUCCACGACUCAGACACGAUCGUUGGUGAGACCCUAAAAGGACGAUCAACAUUGAGGCAAUAGGCAGCAGCUCCCCCGGUUGGUCACUGCCGCAGGUCCCCA